GGGCAUGGAGGAGCGGCGGACUCGGAGCCGCGCCCCGGAGUCCCCGAAACUUCCGAGCGGGCGCCAGUCCGCGCCGCUGCCGCCGCCGCCGCUUCGCCUGCCGGCCUGAGAGCGGGACCAUGGAUGAAAGGUUCAACAAGUGGCUGCUGACGCCGGUGCUCACUCUCCUCUUCGUGGUCAUCAUGUACCAGUACGUGUCCCCCUCCUGCACCAGCUCCUGCGCCAACUUCGGGGAGCAGCCCCGCGCGGGGGAGGCCGGACAGCCGGCCGCCCCGAGUCCCGCCCGCCGGGCACAGGCGCCGCCGGAGGAGUGGGAGCGGCGGCCCCAGCUGCCCCCGCCACCCCGGGGGCCGCCCGAGGGCCCUCGGGGGGCCGCGGCGCCGGAGGACGAGGACGAGGAGCUCGGGGAGCCGGAGGAGGAAGAAGAGGAGGAGGAAGAGGAGCCGGACCCCGAGGCCCCCGAGAAUGGCUCCCUGCCCCGGUUCGUGCCGCGCUUUAACUUCACCCUGAAGGACCUGACCCGCUUCGUGGAUUUCAAUAUCAAAGGGCGCGACGUGAUUGUGUUCUUGCACAUCCAGAAGACCGGAGGCACCACGUUCGGCCGGCACCUUGUGAAGAACAUCCGGCUGGAGCAGCCGUGUAGCUGCAAAGCGGGCCAGAAGAAGUGCACCUGCCACCGGCCGGGCAAGAAGGAGACGUGGCUCUUCUCCCGCUUCUCCACCGGCUGGAGCUGCGGGCUGCAUGCCGACUGGACGGAGCUCACCAACUGCGUGCCGGCCAUCAUGGAGAAGAAAGACUGUCCCCGCAACCACAGCCACACCAGGAAUUUCUAUUACAUCACCAUGUUACGGGAUCCAGUGUCGCGUUACCUGAGCGAGUGGAAACACGUCCAGAGAGGGGCCACGUGGAAAACCUCCCUCCACAUGUGUGAUGGGAGAAGCCCCACCCCUGAUGAGCUGCCUACCUGCUACCCCGGGGACGACUGGUCUGGGGUCAGCUUGCGGGAGUUCAUGGACUGCACCUACAACCUGGCCAACAACCGCCAGGUGCGCAUGCUGGCCGACCUGAGCCUGGUGGGCUGCUACAACUUGACUUUCAUGAAUGAGAGCGAGAGAAACACCAUCCUGUUACAGAGCGCGAAAAACAACCUGAAGAACAUGGCCUUCUUUGGGCUCACGGAAUUCCAGAGGAAGACUCAGUUUCUCUUUGAGAGGACAUUCAACCUCAAGUUUAUCUCCCCCUUCACGCAGUUCAAUAUCACGCGGGCUUCCAACGUGGACAUCAACGAGGGCGCCCGCCAGCGCAUCGAGGAGCUCAACUUCCUGGACAUGCAGCUUUACGAGUAUGCGAAGGAUCUCUUCCAGCAGCGCUACCACCACACCAAGCAGCUAGAGCACCAGAGGGACCGGCAAAAGAGGCGGGAGGGGCGCAGGCUGCAGCGGGAGCACAGGGGCCACCGGUGGCCCAAGGAGGACGGGAACACAGACGGGGCAGUCACCGAGGACUACAACAGCCAGGUGGUGAGAUGGUGACCCCCUGCGCUCUCCUUCCUCAGGACGGGGGCGGGGGGAUGAGCAGGCGCACCGACCUUCUGUGGCGUUGGUUACCUUGGAGAAGGAUGGGCCUUUUGGAGGACACCUGGCUGUAGGUGGCUUGAUUUGGACACCUGCUUCCUCUUUGUCUUCAUCCUUGCCCAGCUGGAGAGGAUCUGUCUUCUUCUUCUUUUUUUCCCCUGACGUUUUUCAAUCCAUGAUAUUAAGUAGGGUAGGGAUGCAUCUGACUUAGACGUCCUUAGAAGCUCAAGGAGAGAAGCACCAGAAAGAAACAGUUCUUGAAAACAUCCUUUGCAGCAGCAUGGGAACCCACAGAGGCACACAUGAAAAGCCAAAUUAUGGCUUGGAUGUUCUGCUGAAACUGGUCUGUUUCACACGGCCUCUAAUGGAAAUACUGGUCUGUCUAGAGAGAAAGAGAAAGAAAGAAGUCCCCUUCCACCCUUAAAUGAGGUUUUACGCCAACCCUCGCUUUGCUGUUCGCUCUCAUCUUGAACCGGGUGCGAAUGAGGUUCAAAUCAUAAGUAGCGGUGUUUUGUUGUUGCAGCUGUUUUUAAACAAGGUCACCCUCCUAUUGACGAUCACUAGAGACUCACACCCCGCAAAGCCCCUGCAUCUCAGCUCGGAGCCGUGCUGCAUCUCCCGUCUUUUAGGGAAUGGCUGGUAGAAUCAGGACAGGCAUGUCUCAGGACAGGCCCUGAGAAAUGAACACUGGUAGUGGCAUUUAAGAGAAAAUGUGCUUAUUAACAAGUGUCUAAGAUCACCCUUUACCAAUUUUAUUUUCGUUCAAAAAGAAUUGACUAAUAAAUUAAGAGCUGGGGGAAGCAGGAAGAAAACUCUAUGUCUAACAUUUCCAAACAGGCUACAGAACUUGUAGUGUUUCCAGGAGUAUUUCCAUUUUACCUCUUUGGAGCCGUCAUCUUCUUUGAUAUGGUACUUCCAAGUUUGAAAUUCUGCUAUAGCACAGAGGCGAAGACGUUUAAAAAGAAUGUGGCCCAAAGACUAGGAGCUUAGCUAGCCAGUAUGCAAAAGAUCUUUAGGGUCACUAAAUAAAUGAUAACUGAUUUAUGCUAGGAGACACGGAACUCAGUGGGCCAGUUGUCCCAGGAGUUUAGACAGACUACCUCCCAACAUCUUGACUAUCUCCAGCCUGGUAACCUUCUUCUACCCACAUGAUCUUCUCCUCUUGUUAGACUAUGCCCAUAGCUGGCAGCUCGGGCUGGAGUGUGUGAGACAGGACCUGAAAAUGUGCUGCAUUGCCAAUUGCUUCUCGUUUUCAAUUUUUCCCAAUCACAACUACAGGAACACCAAGUUUGUCGAAUAAUAAGGGGAAAAGCGGGGAAAAGGGGAUAGAAAGCCCUUGCCUGGCAUUCAGGAGCAGGAUCAGAGCGGGUCAAGAGUUUCACAACAUUGAUCUGAUCAGUCCUUUCAAGGAGCUCAAGGCAAAACGAGUGAAACCCCUAAAUCAGAUUGAAAAGCCUAUUUCAUUGAUAUCUAACAUGUUUGAUGUUUAAGCCAGCUUUACGUAAGCCACAUCUCAGCCUCCAGAAUAGUCUCUCUGGGGUUGAGAGUCAAUCAACCCACAAGCAUUCAUGGAGUGCCUGCCUGCACAGAGGGGAGCCCAGUGUCUCCAUCAAAGAGAGAUUUGGAGAAGCGGCUUUGUACUUCUCUCACUACCCUUGGCUUCAUCUGCCCCGUGAGGGGAGUAUUAUUGGGGGCCUCCCUUGUGUCCAUCACUGUGGGGGGGCCCUUUUCAUACUUUAAAUCUAUUCACAACGAGGUAGAUAUUAUUAGGCCCAAUUACGUAGAUGGGAAAAGUGAAUCCCACAGACAAUAACCGGCUUCCUCAUAGGUUGUAUGCUAGAUGUGGCGGACUGCAAGGUGCAAGCUCCUUUUACUCGUGUGUUCCAUGAGGGAUAAAAGCUUCCUGCCAAUCAUGCAAGAAGCCAGCUAUUAAAGCCCAGAAGGAUUUGUCUCUAACCCACGUGCGUGGCACAACUGUGCCAGCCCUGAGCCGGCCGUGACCCAGAGCCAUGCCGCCUGGGGUGAGCCCGGACGUCUCCACAUCCCUGGCCCACCAGCAAGCUGAGAGACUGAUGACUUUUUAGGCAGUCAUACUUUUUGAGACAUAUAUAAGUUAAAGGGACCAAAUAAACAUUGCUUGUUAGUCGGUAGAAAUUAGACUCACAAAAUCUUACCCAUGAUUUGUUCCUGAGGUAGAGAGGGAAGAAGAUGGCAGCUACAGUUAAUGAGCAGCUCUCUCUCCAUCGUCACAUUUCGAUGUUAGGAUCUAAUGUUCUGCCUAGAAUGGUAGAGCUGCAAAUUAUCUGCUUGCCGCUGUGACACGCACACGUGCACACGCUCGCACACACACACUCACACAAUAACAAUCCAGUGUUUUGUCAUGUGGAAAAUCAAAACAAGUUAGAAAGCAUUUGGAUUGUUUCUUUUAAACUCACUUUAAAUGUUUGGCAGGGAAUUCAUGCAUAGCUGAGACUUGGAGGCAGCCUCUGCUGACUUCACACUGUUCCUUAGGCAUCUCGGGAUUUAUAUCAAAAGGCUCUUUGCCGCUGAAGGCGUGAUGUAUGGAGCUCCACUUGAGACCAGAUAUCAGGAUGUUCAGAGGAGAAACCAUCUCUUUGUGUUGGCCCGAGGCCAGUGCUGAGCAAAUUAAAAAGACCGACACAGGCUUCCUCCCUCAUAUCAUUUCAUUCGAAAGCAGCACGCUUGUCAUAUCCCUGGGGUCCUAUGUUGAUAGAAAUGAAGAGGUAGGGACACAGUUUGUUCUCCAAAAAUUGACUGCACACCUACAUGCUGAGUGAAGCUCAGAGAGGGGAUGCUAACAGAAGACAUCUGGAUCUUGGGAGCCAUGGGGAGUCAACAGCUUUAAGAUCCAAAACCAAAUCAAUACCAGGUACAUUGCUGUUAAAAGCCCAAGAGGAGGGGGAAAAAAAUUCCCCAGGGGUUUCCACAUCCUACUGACUCCUACAACACCCAGGUAGACAUUCCUUCCCUUCUCUUGGCAAGGAGAGCCCCAGAUUGGGACGGGGUGUCCUCGUGUGCAUGUUCAUGUGUGUGUGUUUAAAUUAUCAUCAGGGACUAAGGUAUGCUAUCUCUUCUGUCUCUUUUUAAUUUUUUGGCAGCCUACUCUUGCUAACCAGAGAAAGCCUGCCCUGAGAAUUAUUUGGAUAUUCCUUCUAAUAACUAAUAACACUAGCGAUCAGUGUUGGGCAACAGCUAAGGAUAUCGUGUGUGCUAUUAAAGAAUUAUAAGACCGUGUUUCUUAUCACCUAGAGGAGGUAACUUGGUCAUCGUCUAAUCAAGGGUUUGAAAUAUGAGGACUUGUUCAAGCCUGAGUAGAGAUAGUAUUUAUACAGGGAAGAAAGUCUACCAGAGAUAGACCUGGCAAGGAGAUGAGCACGGAUCAUUAAAACAAAAACAAAAACAAACAUUAAAUCCAUAGGAUAGGAUUCCCACUUGGCCACUUUAACAGAGAAAUUCAAAAUAAUAAUGACUUCAAGGAGAUCAAAGCCAUUGUCCUCUCAUUUAAAAGACAAACUGGUCGGAUAGCUCUGGUGAGUUACAGAAGCCCAGGCCCCCUCUUUGUUGCUCUUUCAUACGAACACGUGCCUUCCACCUCAUGAUGCAAGGUGCCUGCUGCCGCUCCUGCCAUCUUGUUUGUAUUUCAGAAAACAGAGAGGGCACGGAAGGAAGUUGCAAAUAUCGCUUCCACUCACAUCUCAUGGGCUAGAACCUAGCCAUUAGCUACAAGUAAACAAAGGAUGCCACGAAAUGUCUUCCUUAUUGGUUGCCAUGCACCUUGACCAACAGGGGGGAAUCUAUUAUUAAAGACGCAAUGUGAAACUUAAUACUGAUAAAACUAUCAGUCUCUGCCACCAAAGGGAAUUGAAAAAUAUUUCGAGUGCUCUUCAGAGUUCUCUAUUCUGUCAUAUGUUUUGCAAAGGAUAAGAUUAAAAUUCGUAACUUUGUAUAGCAUUUAAUGCUUUCCAAACAUUUGUACACUCAGUAUCCCAUUUUAUCUCCACUACUUUCUUGUGUGUUAGCUACAGAGGACCUCUAUUCAUUAUCCCAUCUGAUAGUUUCACAUGGGGAUUCAGAGAUGUUAAAAGAUUUCUCAAUUCUAGUUUAUUAACAAGAAAGUUGCUUAGAGCCCCAGUCUUGACUUCAUAGCCUUUGCUACUACUUUAUGCUGUUCAGCAUCAGUAUCAGGAUUGGGAAUUGCAAGAAUAUGAAAUCUAAGUCUUUACUGAUCUAUAUCUUUCCUUACCUUCUUAUAGAACUACUGACUUACAAGAUACCAAGGAAACUGGUAGAGUUGGCUCACAACCCCUGCCUCCAAUGAGGAAUCAUCUUAUUAGCAGUGAAAUGUCCAAGAGAUGGGCAGUGUUUCAGGGGAGAUUGAGAAGCACAGACGUUCAAACACCUCAUGCUGGCUGUUCACCCCAGCCAAUCCAAAAUCCGAUUCAAGAUGAAGGUUGAGGGAAUAGGCUCGCAACUCCUUAGGGAAGCUCAGUGUUAGAAAUAUCUAGAAUCAGUAACAGCCUGAAUAGUUAGGUGUGAGGAAUGAUCAAUAGAACCCUGCUCAAAAAAUCUCCCCUCCUCUCUACUUCUUCCCCAGGUCUCUGGAAUUUUAUCAGCAACUUAUUGCUUUGGUUCUUAAAGGUUAUAUUUGGUGUUAAAUGAGUCCCUUUGCACAUUUGCCAGAGAGAUUAAAUGCUUUAAGCUGUCAUAGGCUAACAUCUUCACACAGAGUUGAUCGUCUUCCUCUCUAAACUUGACCUCUAGCUGAGAAGAAAGUCCUGUAUAAUGGGAUCAUGCAGGGGUGGGGGUUUGGAAGAGUAGGAGUAACUAUAGAGGAGGAGAGGGCUCCUAAAAGGGAAGCAGUCUUUCAAAGGUGAAAAGAAUGGGAAUUACAUAUGUGCCAGGAAAUAUUGAAAAAUAGAAAAAUGACAUACGGUUUCUGUCCUCAAGAACAAGAGCAGGCUGAAGACAUGUGGACGGUAUUUCUUUGGGCCACUUAAAAGAGAUGACAAGGGCAUGAGGCUCAUGAAACAGGACGAGAGCAUCGACAGGACUGAAGGCUGAAUGAGUUGGAAGGGUUGGAUCAAAGGGAAACCUGGGUUGGACUUAGACAAAGGAUACCCCGAUCUGUUCACAGCUGCGUCUCCAAGGCUUUCCUUUCCCACAGUUAUUGUGCCUCCACUGGUCAUCAGAACUCCAACUGAAAGUCUCCCGGCUGGGUAUCAGGGCAGCCUGAGUCUGAUGAGUCCACCCAGUCACAUCACCUCUGGGGAGCAUGCAGAGAGAGGUUUCUUCUCCAAGGCACCUUCCUUAUCCCCCUCCUCCGUUCUCCACGGGACAGAAUCCUGCUGUCCUCCUACCACGUUCACCUGGACGCAUCUGAAUUAACCCCCUAAAACUUUGAAUUAGCCCUUCUGGGCAAGUGGGUGAGUUCUGAGACCUGUGUGUUUUGUAGCCUCGUGGAUGGAACACACAUGGACCCAUCCACGCCACACGUUGGCAAAACCAAUCCACCUUGCAGAAGUGCUGAGAUUUCCAGAAGGACUGGCCUUGCUAUGAACACCAGCUACAUCUGCAAGACCAAAGCCCCUGAACUUCCAGGCAAGGACUCGAGGUGACCUAACAAAACUCCAGAUCUGAGAACGCCGAAGCACAGAUGUUUCCGAAGCCUGUGUUCUGUUUCCUUUUCUACGGAAAAGGCUGCAACUGUCAUCCUUUGACGCAUUAAAUGGAGCCUCUGCGCGAUACGUGCUCUGCUGCACUGUGGGAACUCCUCAAAGGGCCAGAUGUCAGUGCUGAAAGACCUCUCAGUUCUUGCCGGGGAAGACGGCGUUCUAAGGAAGCAGAGUUUGCGUGGCUUAGUUAUUGUCACAGUUGCCCUCCACCAACCCAUCAUUUCUUUUGUUUGUAAUCACAUGGCCAUCUUUUCUUUCCUUUUUCUCUUGUUUCUUUUUGUUCCCCAGAGGUACUUUCUGGGUUUUGUUUGCAUUAUUUUUCAUUUAAUGUAUCAAAGAUGAAAAAUGUUGGAAAGAAAAAUCUAGACUUUUAUCUGGUGCCCCAUUUUAGAUGUAAAGAUAGUUAUCCAAUAGAUAGUAAAUUAUUUCACCUAAGAGAUAUUUCCUUUUGUUUCUGUGCAAUAAUAUGUAUGAACUCGGGUACUAGGAGAUUGUAUUGUGACAUUAUCAACCCUUAUUGCUAUUUAAAACAUGAUAGUUUGUAGAACUGAGGAUCUCCAUUGGUGUGAAGCACAAUUUAAUGAAUAAGUUACCAUAUUAAACUGUUGUGAUGUCAAGAACAA